AUGGUGUUCAUGCGUAGCUCCGCAGAGGAGCUCUUCCGAACUCUUGCGCAGAUUCCUCCCGCCGAUGGCCACGGGAAGCCAUCAGUUCCUCGCGUUUCAGAGACAUCCGUCAACAUUCACGAUUUGCUUGUAAAAAAAGUGCUCGCAUCGGGAGGCAUUCGCGAAUCGUCGUCGCGAACUGACGACAUUGAUAACGACGGCGACGCGUCUGCUAGCAAAUGGCCAUUCCGAAAGCCGGCGACAACAUUUUCCGCAUUCCUCGCUCCCCGCGAGUUGCGCCAGCUCGCAGCAGCCGUCGGCUCGCUCGCCGGUCCGGAUCCUUCCAGCGGCCGCGCAGGCGGAGCAUCUGGCGGAACCACCAGCGCGAAAUCCCUUCGCAAGCACCAUGAUGCCUCCGCCUGUUCCGCGCAUGUCUCCUCUCUCCCCGUGCUCAACCUCGCAUUGGAUUACCUGCAGGCUAUUCCUGACCUGCUUCUAACCCACGCGGGUUCCCCCGCCUGCCGCGCAAUGCUCGCUUGCUGUCGCUCCGGCGCUCUCCUCGCAUUCCUGGCGGAGCUACGCCGCUGCGCUUCCGCAGACCCGUGCGUCUUCGGCUCCCCCGUGGGGAAGGCGACGGCGGAGCUUCUGCUGGGCCUAGCGCGCUCGCACGACACUUUCCUCGAAGCUUCCGCCAGCCCAUCGAGUCGCGACGGCGCCAGUUCGGAUUCCGCGCUCACAGGCGGAACAGCCGCGCGCGCGUCCUCCGCGGGAGCGGACGUGCAGGCGGUAGUGGGGGAGGUGGUUCUGGCGCUAGCGCGGCACUGCAUCCCCGCGGGGCUCGCGGAAGCCGGCGGAACCGAUUCGCCAGGAGGGGACACGGCGGGCGACAGUGGCAUGAGCGGCGGAAGCGCCGUCCUCUCAUUGGCGGAAGCAUUGCAAGCUGUGUUCGACGUGUGGGUGAAGCCGCAUGUGGGAGGGGGGAGCGGUGGCGCAGCGGGUUCCGCCACCAUUCUGGGCAGAAGCAGCAGCAGUGGCGGAGGGGAAGGCGGGCUGGCGGGGGACGAUUUGGAUGGGCGCAGACCCUCCGCCUCGAGCGAGCAGCUGACGUCGCUGCUGACGUCAGGAGCCGGAGCAGUGGGGGACGCGGGGCAUUUGCCUGGUGCGGAGGGGGCGGUGGAACUGGUGGGGGCGGUACCUGUGGGUCCGUGGCGGCUGCAGCUGCUGGCCGGCGCGUUCAGGGUAGCUGCAGCGGUGGUGGGAGGGGAGGACGAUGGCGCACUGGCGGGGAAACGCGGAGGCGCAGCAGGAAGCGCGGGGGAGAAGGCUCUGGAGAACGUAGUUGGCCAAUACGUCGCCGCCACGUCAGCUCUGCUGUCGAAUUCGACAAAGCUUUUGCAGCUGCGGCGGCAGGAGGCAGCAGGCAUGUCCUUGGCAGCUCGAGCAGAGGUUGCAGCGAGGCUGCACGCUGCUGAGUCAGCAGCAGCGUUCGCCACGUCAGCGGUGGAGGGGGGGCGGGCGUCGCUGCGGGCGGUGAAGGGUGUGAGGGCGCUCUGCCUGCAGGUGGCUGAUGCGUGCUCGCGAUCCGCAUGGCGCAAGAUCCCAGCCUGUGAGGAGCUCUUCUCAGCGGUCCUAUCAGCAGCCGCCAGGCUGGCAGUGCGGCAGAGCGAGGCGAGCGGGGCAGGGCGGGAGGACGCGGAGGCAGCAGCGCUGCAGGAGACACUCCUGCCCAUGCGCUCCCUCGUGCUCGCCGCCGCCAUGCAAAGCCCCAUCCCUGCCGCUUCCCCCACGCCCACCACCGCGCUCACUGCCACGAGGCGCGCGCCGAUGGUGGCGAGUGUGGUGGGGGCGUGCAGCCUGCUGCUGCAGGCCACGUGGGCGUCUGGCGACCACGCACGCGUCAAGUCCUUCCUGCUCUCCCUGGGAUCGUACAUGCGCCAGCCUCCCUCCUCGCAGGACGAGCAGCAGCGCGCCAGCAUGGCAUGCCUGCGCUACAACCUGGCGCCCAUCCUAGUAGAGGUAGCAGCAGCGGCCAGGGGCGCUACAGCCGUGACAGCCGUGGUUCCCCUGCUGCUGGAGGCAGUGCGAGCACCCAAGGAGGACCCCGCUAUCCGCCACGAGGUGCUGCGCGCGCUGGCAGCAGCAGCGGUGGCGGCGGCAGGCAUGGGGCAGGAGGGGCCGUACCGAGAGGUGGCGGUGCUGCUGCUGUGGGAGUAUGGUCGGGAGGCGGGGGAGGUGCAGCCUCAGGUGGAGGUGCUGUCCUCUGUGCUGGCGCAGCUGGCCUCGGGUCUCUCCCGCCCAUCCCUCCGAGACGACUUCUUGCGUCGCCUGCUCGCCACCUGUGCUGAGGUGGCCCUUGCCACAGAGGCGGAGGGGGGCAGCCGGGGAGCAGAGCUGCUGGGUCCCCUGCUCCCAGCAGUGGCAGCGGCGUGUCGCCACGUGGACCCUCUACACCGCCCGGUGGACCCCUCCCUGCAGCGCCUCUUCCGCAACCUCUGGUUCUACUGCGCUCUCUUCCGCCUUGCCCCGCCCCUCCACUCCUCCCCCGCCUCCGCUGCUGCCGCUGCCGCCGCCGCCGCUGCCGCUGCAGCCACUUGUGCCGAAGGUGCCUUUGGUGCAGGAUCAAGCAACACUCCUGAUGCUGCUGCCGGGGGUGGUGGGCAGGGCGUGGCUGGUUCCCCGUUGCCGUCGUCCAAUCCUCCAGGGGUGCUGGCAACUUGCACCGGUGGUGGGGGAGGUGGCAAGGCGGGGGGAAGUGCGGACGACUUGACCAAGGGGCCGUAUGCAUGGCGGGCUGAGUGGGCUGCUGCUAUGAGGCACAUCGCUGCUCAUACUCCUCCGCUGGCAGUGGGCGCCUUCUCGCGCCUUGACGACGAACUGGAGCUCGCAGCGCUGCACCGCCCUGGCAGCCAGAGGGGCAGCGGCAACGAGCAGGCGGCCGUGAGGCAAAGGAACGUGCUGGGCGCGGCUGUGGGGUCAAGGCUUGAUGCGAGCGUCAUCAGCAGCAUCACUGGGGUGAAGGCCACCAAUCUGUUGUCCAUUGUGCUGCUCGAGUCCCUCCGCGUGUCUGCUGCCACCGCCCUCGUCCCCGUCCCUGACACCACCCCCCACUCGCCCGCCCGCGGAGAGGAGACCAGUCAAGUAGCAGCAACAGGAGAAGCAGCAGGGGUGGUGGCGGCGCGGCAGCGGUGGGAGGAGGGGAGUGAGAACCGCAGUGCAGUGACGUGUCUGCUGGAGUACAUUCAGAUGCCCAACCCCCGCGCUGCUGUGCGCCACUGCCUCUCUGCCGUCGUGCUCCGCGCCUUUGACGCCCUCCUCCUUGCCCUGGAAGGCAGCAGUGUCAUGUCAUCCGUGCAUGCAGCUUCAUGCUGCCUGUUCCCUGUGGACACAUCAAAUGGGUUCGCUCCAUUCACCAAUCUAGUCCACCCCGCCUCCCAUCCCCGUCCACCUCCCUCCCACCUUAUUGCACAUUCCUUUGCAUUGCAUUCCCCCCCUCUCUCCUUUCCCUGCCCCCUCGUAGGAGCACGAGCCGAGCGACACAGUGAGGCUGGCAACCCUCUCAGCACACGCAUGCAUGCUGCUGGACUGGACGCGCUGUGGGACGGGCAGGAGUUUGUGUGCGACACAGCACGCACCAUGCUCUUCCCCCCCUCCCCACCUCCCACACAGGAGCAUGAGCCCAGCGACACGGUGAGGCAGGCGGCAUUAUCCGCGCACGCAUGCACGCUGCUGGACGCGCUGUGGGACGGGCAGGAAUUCGUGCGAGACACAGCGCGCACGAUGCUGAGCCUGCUGCGCAAGGCCUUCCCGCACCUCCUCUGGCACCCGCGCUGCAUCCGCUCCCUCCUGCGCUUCCACCCGCCGCAGCACAUGCUCGCCUCGGUCGGAGAGGCUGCAGCGGAGGCAGCGGCAGGAGUGGGAGGGGGAGCAGGGGGAGGGGACGGGGAGGAGGAGAUAGCGGAGGUGGCGUGGGAUCCAGAGGCGGCUGCUGCAGCUGAAGUUUUGGCCAUGGAUGUUGCUAAGGACUGGCUCGCCACGGCGUUUCUCCUUGCGCCACUUGUCACGCAGGCAUUGGUCGAGGAGGUGCUGCGGGGUGGGGACUCGGACCCAGAGUCAGUGGCGGGGCUGCUCAGUGUGCUGGCAGACAUCAAGCACCGGCCCCGAGGGUCAGCAGCAGACAGCACGCGGUCGCCCUUCACCCUGGCAGCACAGGCCACAGUGGCCGCAUCCCUCAAAGCCCACAGCAUGGGGCAGGUCGCCGGGCUGCUAUCAGCCCUCUCCUCGCUCCCUGCUGCCUCAACCGGCAUAUCCGGCACAGCAGGCACAGCAGCAGUCACGUUUGGCACAGCAGGCUUGGAGGCCCAUCCUCCUGCCCACUCUCCUUACAAGCAUGGCGCUGGUAUAGCAGUUGGAUCGCAUGCUGUUCCGCAUGCAGCAGCCAAGCCGGACCCCCAUGUGACUCUACUGCAGGCGGCUGUGACUCAAAUGGAGGCGCUUGUAGAGGGCGGGGGCGGGGGAGGGGAGAUGGGGCAGGGGGUGGUAUCAUGGGGGCACAUGGGGGGGGAGGAGGGGCGGAGGAAGGAGAAGGAGAGAGCCGCAUCCGUGGCAGCAGAUGCAGAGAAAGUCCGGGACAGGUGCCUAUGGGCUGUAGCUGCUCUAGUGCUUGUGGAAGGGCAGCAGAGGGGGCAUCAGAGAGGGCAGCACAAGGGGCAGCAGAGGGGGCAGGGCAGGAGGCGUGCCUCUCCCCAUCAGUCCGCUCUGGAGCUCCGUCUAAUCCAUCUCCUCGCCCGCACGCCCCUGCGUUUCUUCACCCCCCAGUCCCUCCGCGCCUGCUGCCUCGCCUGGGCCUGGCUGCUCGCCGCCCUCCCCCGCCUCUCUGCCCCUCUGCUCUCCCAAAUCGCAGCGGCGUGGGGGGAGACGGUGGCGGGGAGGAGAGGGGUGUUCAGAGCGUUGCAGGGGGAUGAGGAGGGGCCAAGGGGGUGGCUGCGGCCGCUGGUGGUAGGGGGGGUGCCAGAGGGGUUUUCGGAUCACAAGGGGGAGGAGGCGCAGGCACUGGAGGAGCUGGGCGCGCAUGCUGCUUGGAUCACCUUCAUCUCUGACUGUUCCGAGGUGCUCGAGGUCAACUUCUACCCACCUCUCCACAUUCACUCUCAUGCCCCUGUUUCACCUUCCCCCUCCUCCAACAGGGCGGUGCUGAAGUGGUUCAGCGUGGAACGGGGGGCGGUGCUGAAGUGGUUCAGUGUGGACGCGGGCUACUUUGACGGCUGGCCCAGUGCGCUCAGGAGGCAGGCAGCCCUCGAGGAGAUGGCAGUCAUGGAUGCAUUCAGCAAGGCGCUGGCCGAUGAUGACACCAUGGAGGAUGCAUUCUGGCCGCCCCCUGCUGGUGCCACUGCUACUGCUGCCCUCUCCCCUGCGGUAAGCUGCUGCUCUCUCGCCCGCGUAUGCUGUUGCUCUCUCUCUCUCGCCUGCAGCAAGGCGCUGGCCGAUGAUGACACCAUGGAAGACGCCUUCUGGCCGCCGCCUGCUGCUGCCGGCACUGCCUCUGCUGUCCUUUUGACUGCACAGUCCCACCAGCAGCGCCGCCAUCCAGUGUGGGGGGCAUUCUUCUCCUCACUCACUCUCAUGUACCCUUUGUUCCCUCUCCCGCCCUCCCACCUGCUGCCAGUCCCACCAGCAGCGCCGCCAUCCAGUGUGGGGGGCAUUCUUCUCACCGCACCGCUCGCAGGAGAGGAGAGGCAGCAGCGCCGCCAUCCAGUGUGGGGGGCAUUCUUCUCACCGCACCGCUCGCAGGAGAGGAGAGGCAGCAGCGCCGCCAUCCAGUGUGGGGGGCAUUCUUCUCACCGCACCGCUCGCAGGAGAGGCAGCAGCGCCGCCGCCUGGGGGGGGCAUUUUUCUCCUCACUCACUCUCAUGUACCCUUUGUUCCCUCUCCCGCCCUCCCACCUGCUGCCAGUCCCACCAGCAGCGCCACCCUGUGUGGGGGGCAUUCUUCUCGCAGCACCGCUCGCAGGAGAGGCAGCAGCGGCGCCGCCUGCUGGCCCUGCUCACCGCCCACGAGGCCGAGUGCUCCGCUACGUGGGCCUUCCCCCUCAGGUCAGUGCUUCCCUCUCAACCCUCCAAGGCCUCUCCCUUGAGUUUUGCACCAGAUGCGUCACGCACGGCAGCAGCAGCGGCAGCCACGGAUAUCCAGCGCAGCAGGGCGCGAGUCACCGCGUCGCUCUCGCCCAAUGACGUGCCGCCACUUGUGCGCGCCGCAUGGGCUGUCGACCCGCGAGUGGCCGUGUGCUUAGUGCAGCGCUUCCCUUCUGUCAAGGGCAUUCAGGACGACGUGGGGACACUCAUCCGGUCCAUGCCACUGCUGGUUCGUUCUCUCCCCGAGGCCCUCCGGUGGGUGGUGACGCCAGCAGCAGUGGUGCAGCAGGACUCGCCCCUCCUCCGUCUACCUCUCCCCUACUGGGCGCCAUGCUCCGUGGCAGCCGUGCUCAACCUGCUGCUGCCCGCCUUCAAGGGCCAUCCACGUGUCAUGGCGUAUGCAUUCAGGGUGCUGGAGGCGUAUCCCCCGCCCACUGUCACAUUCUUCAUGCCGCAGCUCGUGCAGGCACUUAGAUACGACCACGAUGGGCUGGUGGAGUCAUACCUGCUGCGAGCUGCCCUGCGCAACAUCAUCUUCGCCUCUUCUGUUCCUGCCCUCUCUUUUCUACCUGUCCUCUCUUGCCAAUCCCCGCGUGCCUCUCCCUCCCUUCCCACUCGCCCUUACCCACCCAUGGCAGGGGCUGGUGGAGUCAUACCUGCUGCGAGCUGCCCUGCGCAACAUCAUCUUCGCGCACAUUCUCAUCUGGCAACUGCAGGGCGAGGAGGCAGAUCCCGAGGGGCAGCAACCACAGAUCCUCCUUCUAUGGCUUUAAAAAUCCUCAAAACUCCCCACUCCCCGCAACCCCCAUUCCUCCCCCAGGGCGAGGAGGCAGAUCCCGAGGGGCAGCAACCACCAGCUCUCGAGUCCUCCAACGGUGCAGCAGCAGAGGGAGGUGCAUCUGGAGAAGGCGCAACUGCUGCAGCAGCGACAAACAUCCUGUGGACGAUAGUCCCGCGGGUGCGGCAGCGCAUCAUCGACAGCUUCAAUGCCGAGCAGCGGGCUGCUUUCGACCGCGAGUUCUCCUUCUUCGAUGCCGUCACCUCCAUCUCCGGCACGCUCCGACCCGUGCCCAAGGAGAAACGCCGCGCCGCCAUCCAGCCGGAGCUGGAGAAAAUAAAGCUGCCGGGAGACGACGUGUAUCUGCCCACGGACCCCAACAUGCUCGUGCGCAGCAUUGUGCUGGACAGCGGCAUUCCCCUGCAGUCCGCCAAAAAGGUGCCCAUCCUGAUAUCAUUCAUGGUGGUGCGCAAGGAUGAGGACGGGGUGGUGGACGAGCACAAGCCCGUGAAGCAGGGAUGCAUCUUCAAGGUGGGUGGGUGCUGUGCUCAGGCAGCCGUGCUGCAAUCUCUUUUCAUAACACCUUCUCACUGUGAUCAUAUCUCGUUCUCUGAUCCUGUUGUGCCCUGCCAGGUGGGAGAUGACUGCAGACAGGACGUGCUGGCUCUACAGGUCAGUCCCACUCCACCCUUGCCACCUCACAGUCAGACCCACGUGGGAACUGCAGGUGAUCGCCCUCCUGAGAGAAUCAACAAAGCAGUGGGCCUGGACCUGUACCUGUUCCCUUAUGGCGUGCUCCCCUCGGGGUAUGAGCGCGGCAUCAUCCAGGUGAUCGCCCUGCUGCGAGACAUCAACAAAGCAGUGGGCCUGGAUCUGUACCUCUUCCCGUACGGCGUGCUCCCCACGGGGUACGAGCGUGGCAUCAUUCAAGUGGUGCCCAACACGCGCAGUCGCAACCAGAUGGGAGACGUCACAGACGGCGGGCUCUUUGACAUCUUCCAGAACGAGUUUGGCGCCAUCGGGUCCGCCGGGUUCGAGCGCGCGCGGCAUAACUUUAUUGUCAGCAGUGCGGCGUAUGCGGUGGCGAGUUUGCUGCUGCAGCCCAAGGACCGGCACAAUGGGAACCUGCUUGUGGAUAACGAUGGCCGUCUAGUGCACAUAGACUUUGGGUUCAUCCUGGAGACGUCGCCUGCUGGCAACCUGCGAUUCGAGAGUGCGCAGUUCAAGCUGAGCCACGAGAUGACGCAGAUCCUCGACCCUUCAGGCGACCUCAAGAGCGAGCCCUGGCACCGCUUCGUUGGUCUGUGUGUGAAGGGCUAUCUGGCGGCACGGCGGCAUCAGGACGCCAUAUUGAACACGGUGCAGCUGAUGCUGGAUAGUGGCCUGCCCUGCUUCUCACGCGGCGAUGCUGUUGGCAACUUGAGGAAACGGUUUCACCCAGAGAUGGGCGAGAGGGAGGCGGCCAGCUUCAUGAUUGCCACUUGCGUGGAUGCGUACAACAAAUGGACGACCGCUGGAUAUGAUUUGAUCCAGUACAUGCAGCAAGGCAUUCAGAAGUAA